AUGGAUCGAGAAUCAUUCAUACAUCUAACAAAGCCUGUAGCGGCCGGCUCCACCACGGCAAGCCCACUUCAAGUGGUCAUUUAUGCACAAGCAUUGUUUGCAAUUCUAGACCACUCUUUACGGCGAAGCCCCGAUCAAGAAAGAGUGAUUGGAACGUUACUAGGAGUGAGGUCUGAGGAUGGUUCCGAAAUCGAGAUACGGAACUGUUUUGCCGUUGGUCACAAUGAGAGCCAGGAGCAGGUCGAGGUCGAUAUGGAUUACCACAAGCAGAUGUACAACCUACAUCUAAAAGCCAAUCCCAAAGAGGUUCUUGUUGGGUGGUAUGCAACUUCGCCAGAGCUAAAUACAUUCAGCGCUCUUAUCCAGAAUUUCUAUGCCUCAAAUGGUGAUGGUACCCACCCUUACCCUGCUGUACACCUUACGGUUUCUUCAAACCCCGGAAAAGAUAUAACCUGCCGGACAUAUAUAUCUUCUUCUGUUGGCACUACGGCCGACAGAGCAGCAGAUAGUUGUCUCUUUGUCCCGGUCCCGUAUGAAAUUAAAUAUGCUGAGACUGAGCGUAAUGCAUUGGAAUCAUUGUCACUAGGCAAGGCUUCCUCGGACCGACAAGUCAGUAAUAUUGUUGAUAUACAUAGCUUAGAAGCUGGCAUCAUUGAACUCUUGGAAAUGGUCAGUCGGGUGAGCAACUAUGUAUCUCAAAUACUCGCUGGCGAAACCCUUCCCUCGGUUGCUAUCGGACAGGCGCUGUUAAACACCCUCAACUUAGCCCCAAAAGUUGAUGCGUCGGAGCUCGAAAAACUUUUCAACACUCACUUACAAGAUGUCUUACUUGUAUCUUACCUCGCAAAUACAAUCCGAACCCAAAUUGACCUUUCCAACAAACUUGCCAGCACAGUAGGAACUAUCGCAACGCCACCAAAGACGGAUCAUAAACGGCAGCAGAAAGAGCGAGAUUAA